AGCGAGUUUGAAAAGCUGUCGCUCACUCUGUGUAGGGUACUCGUCAGCUUAGUAAUUUUUUAUGUGUAAGGCGCGACCUUCCAAUGAAUACCUUUAUUGUACACGAGUGAGCACAACACGUUCGCAUUCUCCUCAAGACCUAAUCGAGAAUGCCGUUGCAGAUCAAAGAUACCGCUGGCCUUCACAGCACGAAAGGCGAUGAAGUGAUCAAUUCACUCGCCAAGCUCUUGGAAAAGGUCCACCGCCUUGAAGCAAAAAAGCGCUCGGCCUACGAUCGUCGCACUCCAGAUCUGGGAGAGCACAUUGCGUUGGCGGAAGCCCAGUGUGCCUUACUUGAGGAGCAACUGCGGUACGCACGACGAGUACUGGCCUUCUCCACUAACCCGAGGAGCACCUCCGACGGGCUUCAUGACAUCGCAUUGGACAAGUCUCCCGGCUACGGUGACGACGACGUGUUUGACAGCCCUCAAGGCGUCCGGUCCUCUCACUCCGAGCCUCAACUUUUCCCCCAAAAGGCCCACCAGGGAACCAACACAGAUGUCAAGAAAAGGGCGUCGAGAAAAACGGCAUCAAAGAUGCCUGAAGCCACAGUGCCUAUGAAAAACCCAAGCCAUGAUCGCCGAGCAAGGUCAACAUCUGCAGUUCCGCACACUGUUCAUUUUCCUGACCAUUGUAGGCUCACUGUUGCAGAUGUGCCUUUUAUUCUCAGCAAGAGUACUGCUGCAAGUCACUCGCUCCCCGCAAAUCUUCAGAACCUCGUGUCCCUCCUGAAGAAAGCCAAGCCACAAAGCAACGUCGCAAAGGACUUUACAGACAGCAUACAUCGAAAGGUUUGCGUCGUCGGGAAUGGGGGCUUGCCCAGGAGCAACAGCGAGAUUGACCUGCAUGCAGCAUCUCAACCUGAUGUUGCUAGUAGAGACCUUGUGCACCUAAUGCACCAAGGGGAGCACCUGUUGAAACAAUUGAAUCAGGCCCAAAUGCCCGGCACCCGACACUCCCUGAAGUGCCAGUGCCGGCGGCUAAUCAGUCGGAUCCAGGCUAAAAUGGCAGAUAUUGGAAAACCAGAGACUGCUUUUUCAAACGGCACAGCAGCGAAGCAGACACAAAAAAGGAAGGCCACUGUGAAGCCAAGGUCGGCAUCUGUGUCUUCUCGGGGCGGUGACGCUUUCAAUCGCGUUUUCAUGCGAGAGUUGAGGAGGAUUCAGAGCCACCUUGAACAGCAGAUAUGAGAUGCACCUGCCACGAAACCAUGAUUUCUCAAAAGUGGUUCUCUGAUCUCACGUUCAGAGCUUGUAGAUCAUUCCAUUGCCUGUUGAGUGCGUUUGCAGGCUUUUGAGGUCUCUAAACUUGAGAUAAGCAGUGUGUGAGCCAUUUGUAUUCACAGAAGGAAAAAAUAUUCUUGAUUCCUUAGGUGUGUGAUAUGAAGCUACACUGCAGUUAUGCUCAACAAUGCAAAUGUUGCACUGCAGUGUUGGAGUUGAGCCAGCAUUGUCAAGGACCAUAUUUUACUGGAUAUGUGGUCACAUACGUCUCUUUGCGUGCAUGUACUUCUGACGCUGUGUGAUAACUAGUGAAAACGUAAAAUUCUAUUCAAACAGCCAUCGAAUGCCCUGUCAUGUCACCUUAUGGCAUGUAUACUGAAGUGAUUCGUCUACACCUUCUUGUUUGAAAAUUAGGAUGCUGCUAAUAUUAAGAGAAUCAUCUAUUAACAGAAUCAAUGUUGUUGGUGCACCAUUAUUUGCAAGACACUAGUGGGAAAAUGCUGCCUCAUCAUGGGCAUCGGGGCCUCGACAAUGACACCAUGUCUGCCAGGUGUGUGGAUGGGAUAUAACCUGACUUGUCUAGUUUUGGCAAGUUGCCCUUAUGGGUGACUGCCAGUAAAUGGUCUACCAUUUCCUUAAGUGCCAUUCUGUUGUACUGUUUUGUAACUUGUACCUGUGGCUGUGCCAUAGCAGUGUUGUAGCAUUUGAAAAGAGCAGGGAGAUCGAAACCCGAGGAGAUUGUUUUUGCUUUUCCAAUAAUAAACUGUUUUUUUUUUGCAUAGUGUUUCCUUGAUAUGCUUGUAUUAUAGUUUGAAUUAUAUUAAUCAAACCAUUGGCUAUACAGCCAAUUAGCGGGCAAAUGUCUCCAAACAAGCUUUAAUUAACUGGAUACUGUUACAUUUUGUUUACAUAUUUCAAAACGCUCCCCACAGGACAGCAAUGCUGUCCCUCUAACUGUUGCGGCGAGACUGCUGUUCUUGCAUAUUUGCACUCAUUCCAAGGGUUUCCCCCUACUUUAGACAGAGAAAGAUGUGCUGUUUGGAUUUCAAGUUCACACAACAAUUAAUCAAAUAAGUGGAAGUGAUGCUCUGAAAA